AUGAAGGUCUUCAGCUACGACUUUGACGUCGAGACGGGCGCAAUCACAAAUAAGAAGUUGUUUAUUGAUCGGCGGGACAGUUUCGGCGAGCCGGAUGGUAUGGUCGUCGACACCGAUGGCAAUCUCUGGAUCGCAGUGUUCGAUUCCAACCGCGUCAUGGUGUUUUCACCGCAGGGCCGGCACUUGAAGGACAUUAUCUUCUCAGCAAGGAAUAUGGCUUGCACAACUUGGGGAGGGAGGAAUUCGGAUAUUCUUUAUAUUGCUACGGGAAAAGAUAGGAAACCCACGGCCAAGGCUGAGGAUGAGGGCGGACACAUGUUCAAGUACCACGCAGUUGGGACUCGGGGGGUGGCCAAGUAUGAGUUUGCCGGUUGA